CUCUCCCCCAGUUAGUACCUCGUCGUCCCCGCAGUAUUUGGCCCCCCCGCCAUUUCGCCCCCCCGCCGCCGUCUCCUCGGACCCCCCGCGCGUGGCGUCGCAAGCCCCCCGCGCCCACGAUCAAAGUCCCUCAGCUGCCCAGCCUGAGCGAGAACACGCGGAGACUCCCACGAGGUCUUCGCCAGCACCUACAGGAGUCCCUGCAACGCCUCCGUCAGGUGGCACCGCUCAGCGCUCACGAAGGUGAGGAGAACGGAGAGAAAGAAGAGAGGAGGAUCGAAGACGAAGAAGGAAGGGAAGCUUCUGAGGAAUCCACGAUAACCAGGACUUCCUCAGAGGCCGAGAUAGGAUCCUUCGAGAGAACGAAGGACGCGAGGAUCAGAGAGGACGCUGCGCCCACGCCAGACCCGCCGACAGAAGACCGGCCUGGCCAAGGACGCUCCCAAGGGUCUCCAUUGCUGAAGGCCCGAGCCAAUAGCGUCACGAGCGACUACUUCAGUGAUUCGGGAGAAGCAUCCUUAGGACUCCCGUCGCUUAUUCACGACCACGAGUUCAUCCUAAAUCUCGAUCACGUGGACGAAGAGUCUUUGAGUUCGAGGACUUCGAAGACGGAAAGUAGAGCAGCAUCUAGGAAUACGCUACGCUUCGAGUCGUCAUCGGUAACACCUCCACCGGAGUAUCCCCUAGAAGAUGAGGAUCUCCGUUUUCUCUCAAGCGAGAACGGUGAUGCUCGUUUUCUACGUUUGAGCGAUACAGAGAGCGAUCGUUUUCUCUCAUCAUCUGACAAAGAAAACUGCCAUCGAGAAGAGAAAUUUGAAGGCAGACUGAAGCAAAAUUUUCUAGCCAAUCAAAGUGCCAAAAAGGACUUCCUUAAACUAGUACCUGAGACUAGAUUAUUAACUGUGAAGUCUUUACGUGGAUCUAACCUUUCUCUUGAACAGAUUUCUCAUUCUUUCAAGAGCACAAGUCAAGUUAUCAGCUCUGCACCGGAACUCUCUUGUUCCAAAAUUCUUCAAUCUUCAAACCUGGAACCUCAGUGUUCCGAACCCCAAGUUGGUGCCAAAUUGUGCCGCGGGCUUGAGCCAGCGGCGUCAUGGCACCCGUCAUAUAACGCUUCGCCAGCACCUGUUAUUACAAUUAAAGUUGACGAACCAGACACCGCAAAUAUGGAGAAUGAUAAAGGUGCGACAAGCGGCAUGGGAGCGUUGGCUCCGCUUAGCUUCUCGUUGUCUUCGCUUUCGGGGUCGUCUAGCCCAGCGCUAGAGUCCGUCAGCCCCGCGAGGACUCCCGCAGAACUACAUACCAACUCUCUCAACCGGCGCAGGUCCAAACGGAGCAAUGACCGGGAGGCUGCCAGAAGGUCCUGGGGCCCCGCAGACAAGGAGGAGGGCAACAGGGAAUUUUGGGCAUCGAUACAAGAACCUUAUGACUACAUCAUGGGCAGCAAUCUUAUUCCAGACUCCUGCCAGGUUGGAGACACGACAGAAGCCCCAUCCUCAGGAGAGUUUGAACUAAGUUGGGACAGUGGUGAUGUGUCGCCGCCUUAUGUCUGGAGUUUCUCCGAGUUUCUUGACCAGUACAAUGAGCUUUAUGAGUGGCUUAUUCAAGUCCAGCUGAAGCUUUAUUCACAUUCUAACCCACCAGACAAGGCUGCAAGGAUGGCACAGCAGGAGGAAUUACGCAGGCGCACCUUCAGGCGAACACUUUUUGUAGAACAGGGUGAACGAGUUGCUCAGCGAUACCCAGGCUCAGCUGAUGAGAUUAGCUGGCGUGUGAACUACCUGAACAACAAAUGGGAUCAGCUGGAGAGCACCUUCACACCUGCCAAGGGUCGCAAUCAAGAGGUGGAGGUUGAAUUAGACUUGGCCCAUGAAGAGGGCAUCUUACGACGUUGGUUGAGUGACAUGGAAGAGCAGAUCCAGCCCCUUACUUGCCGUCUGCCACGUGGCUGCUCCCUUCGACCACUUCAAGAUCGCUACAGAGACAAUCAGAUCCUGCUGAAGGACAUCGAGGCACACGGUCCAGUGUUGAAGAGCGUCCUGCGGCAGUACGAACGCAUUGCCGCAGCCGCAGCCGCACCGCCACCACCACAGCCAGCAGCGGCAGACAGCGACCCUUCCACAGCCACCAAGGACCUUCCAUCCACCUCUUCCUCCACCUCCACUUCCGCCUCCACCUCCAGAGCAACAUCAGGACGCCGUAGCGGAAAGGACAUCCCCAGGAAAGCUCGCUCCCUCGAGAAGCGCUGGCACCAGAUCUACCUGCGCUCCCUCGAGUGGCACUACUACCUGGAGGGCGUCAUCGCCAACUUUAAGGAACAGAACAGUUCCUCGAGCAGCGAGUCGGAGGAUGAGCCAGUGAGCAAGUGCCGCCGCCUGUCCACCUCGUCGUGUGACUCCCCCUGCUCCUCCCCCUGCCCGUCCCCCUGCCCCGACGCCCGCCCUCGCCGCGCCCACCGCUGCCACGCCCACCGCUGGUCACACUACGAUUCCAACCUGUCAGAGACAGGUUCAUAUAUCGAGGAUGACUAUGUGUGCAUAAGCGGGGGUAGUGAGUGCGGUGUGGCCUCCCGCCCACCCCCUCUACACAGCCCCCCCUGGAGCCAAUGGUAGUCGACCCCCUUCAGCAGCCCGACGCCGCUCCUGCCGCCGCUCCGCAAGACUCCGAGGCCGCGGCCGCCCCCGUCGCCUCCCCCCAGCCCGAGGCGCCUGCCAUGGUGGGAAGCGCCGGUCUGGACACCGUCCGCGCCCGCUGCUGCCCGCUCGUGCCCUCCUCCGACCUCGCCGGCGACGACGCCAUGAUCCACCAGUCCGACAAGUCCCCGACCAUCACCGUCACGCCACCA